AUGAACUUCGUCGUUUCGCAGCGCGCGAAAGUCGGGCCGCUAUUGGUGGACGGGAAGCCUCGGGAUUGGGGCGACACGCGGAACUCGGAGAAGGAGCUGAGCGACGUGGGGCUGAGCGCGCGCGCGGGACACAAGAAGGACCGCGGCGGGUGCAUCGGCGCGUUUCAGCGGCUGUGGGGCGGCAUGGAGCUGAGAUACAGCUACUCCAAGGCAACUCCGGAUGUUAAAGAGAUGGUGAGUGGCGCGGAUGGGUGGGAGGAGGCUUUUGAGUUGACUCAACAGUCACGAGUCACGAUCAGUGGGGCGCAGGCAGCGAGGGCAGCGGGGCUGCACCGAGUGGUGGUGGAGCAGCGCUACGCCUACACCACGCUCGUCGCCUCUGCUGACCUGCUGCCUGCCGCGCUCUCUCUCACACACGCACGCACACUGCGCUGCCCCUCCCCCUCACCCCUCCUCUCCCGUGUUUUUUGUGACAAGUUCGGGUACAUGAUUCAUUGCGACGACCGCGCCUUGACGCGCAUGCAGGCAGCAAGAGCAGCGGGGCUGCACCGAGUGGUGGUGGAGCAGCGCUACGCCUACACCACGCUCGUCGCGUCUGCCGACCUGCUGCCUGCUGCGCUGGCCCACGCACAGUCCCUCAGGCUGACGGGCACGGCGCAUGACCUGGUGCUCAUGGUGGAUGGGAACGCGCAUGACGUGAAUGUCAAUGACCGGCUGCUGCUGCUGCACUUUGACCACGUGCGGCGCGUGCCGACAGUCACUAACCCGUACGGCGUGAAAGGCUUCUCGAAGCUCAACGCGUGGCAGAUGACGGAAUACGACAAGGUGGUCUACAUCGAUGUGGACACGCUCGUGCUCGCCAACCUGGACCACCUCUUUGAACGCCCCGAGCCCACCGCCGUGCCGGAUGUGUACAUGAGCAGCAAGUUCAACAGCGGACUGCUCGUGCUCAAGCCGUCCCAUUCCACAUAUGCUGACAUGAUGAGCAAGAUGCACCGCCUCCCCUCCUACAACAAGGGAGAUCAAGGCUUUCUCAAUGCAUACUUUUCCGGCUGGUUCCACAUGCCGCCCGCGCACCGCCUCGCCGCCCGGUACAACGCCGUCAUCUUCUUCCCGGACCACUACCACCCGCCGCCCUGGUUCCGCGUCGAAGCCGCCCACGAGGCCCUCAACGGACCAAUCAUGAUGAUCCAUUUCGCCAACCCCUGGUUCAAGCCGUGGCGGCUCGGGACGCAGGAGGGGGGGGUGGUGGGGAUACACGGGGAAGGGGGAAGCGGGGGAGGCGGAGGAGGGGGAGGGGGAGGGGGAGGGGGAGGGGGAGCAGCAGGUGGGGGGAGUUUGUCGUCUGCGUUGUCGUCGACUUUAGCGUCGUCUCUCACAUCGGGCCAGAGCGGGGUGAGCCGAGAGGCAGUAGAGGCUGCCGCAGCAGCAACUUUACAGGCGGUAGCAGCAGGAGGGAGCGUGAACGGCAGUGCAGGAGCAGCAGGAGCUGCUAGUGGGGUGAUCGAAGGCGGAGCAGGAGGAGCAGGAGGGGCAGGAGGGGUGGUGGUAGCAGCAGACGGCGGCCCACAGGUCAAGGUGAACCUCUGGUGCUCGCUCUGGCUGUACCUCGCUCACGCACUGGAGGAAAACGACUGGUACCCGCUCGACCCCACGUCCAUCUCCCUCAUGCACUUCCUCCCCAACCGUGCUCAGUACGACUCCCUCCUCCCCGCCCACGCCAAGGCUCGCUCCGCUUCCGCCGCCGCCGCCGAAGCAGCCGCAGCCGCGGGAGCAGCAGCAGCGCAGACUGCAUCUGCUGCGUUUCCAUCCACGCCAGCUCUGCUCUCCUCGCCGGUGUCCCACGAGCCGGUGAUUCCCGGCCGGCCCACUUACAUCGGACGAGAGGGCUUCGUCACUCUCAUCACUAAAGAUAAUUACUUCGCGGCGGGCGUCUGGGCCGCGUCGUACCUGCAGCACCACUCCUUCUCCUCCUUCCGGAAGAUUCUCCUCCUCGUGCUGUCCACGGUCCCCAGAGACCACUGGCAGCCGUACCGCAAGCUCUUCAACUACGUCCGCGUGGUUGACCCAAUAGUGGUCAACGGGCGGCAGCUGGACGAUGCCUUCGCGGUGCUGCACGCGUGGAACCAGAAGGGGUUUGACAAGCUUGUGUACGUCGAUCCGGUGGCGCUUUUCGUUGAUAACUGCAACGAGCUGGUUACCAGUUACGACGCGUUCGCCGCCCCGCCGAGCGUGUUCCCUCCGGACAUGUUUACCUCCCGAGUGAUGGUUCUCCAACCCAACUCCACCACAUUCGAAGACAUGGUGGCGAAACUCCCGGUUUUACCCUACCCGGAAGGGUCGGUGGACCGGUUUUUGAACGCGUAUUACUACGGGUGGUUCUCGUGGGCGCCUGCGCACCGCAUCCCGCCGUCGUUUGCGGUGGACAUGUGGUUCAAGGAGGGGUUGAUGAAGUUCUUUGUGCCGUGGCGGAUUGUGAUGUUUGACUCGCGGGCGGUGCCGUGGAGUGAUAUCAGCGACUGGAUGGCGCAUGAUCGCACCAAGGCUGUGAAGCUCCAAGCGCUGGUGCAUUUACACCCCCCUCCCCCCUCUCCCUUCCUACCCAACCUGUCAGAUGAAAUUAUGUUUGAGAUGACAAUAAAACAGAAUCAGGGCAGGGUGGUUGAGGGCGCAAGAAGCAUGGGAGUGGCGGGUCGGGCUGAAGCUGCCCCUGGGGGGGGGUUUAAGCCACAGCCGUCAUAUGCGCUCUCCGCUCUUCGCCCCUUCCACCUCCACCCCUUCUCCUGCCCUGCAGCAGCCACACAGACAGACCUCCCUCUACUGCUCACUGCUCUUCCACUGCCAAGGUUCCACUGA